AUGAAGUACACCCGAAUCAUGAUCAGCUCAAAUCUGAAACCAUUCCAGAAGGUUUUGUGAGAAAGGUGAUGGAAAAAUGUCCUUCUAUGAUUGUACAAGGCGAGAACUUAGGCUGCACUCCUCUGCACAUUGCAGCAGGUAUGGGUAACAUGAAAUUGGUCAAGCUGUUUUUAGAAAAUGAUACUUUGCCUGCAUAUGUAAAGGACAGAGAAGGUUUGUCUGCUUUUCACAUUGCGGCCAAGGAAGGCAAUGUUCUUGUAAUGAAAGAACUCAUCACAGCGUGUCCAGAUAUCUAUGAGUUGUUGGACAACAGGGGUCGGACUGCUCUCCAUGUUGCUGCAGAAAGUGGGAUGUGGGAAGCUGUCAAUUUUUUUCUAGAGAGACCAGAUCUUGAGGGUCUUAUCAACGAGCAAGAUGAAGAAGGAAAUACACCUAUGCAUCUUGCAGCUGUCAAAGGAUAUUACAAAAUUCUCAUAAAAUUGGCAGGUUGUAGAAAUGUUGACACAAAUGCGACAAACAAGGAGGGCUUGACAAUAAUGGACAAAAAUCGUUCCAGUGUAGCAUUAAGAAUCAGACUACAGGCUAAGGCUUUUGCAGAGGGCAAGGGAGUUGGGCUUGACUAUCUCCUCAAGAUCCCCUGGAAAGGGGCGGAGAUAAUAUAUACGAAGAACCAGUUAAAGGCGAGAGGCGGUCGACGAAGUCUAAGAGAACUCUUAAAAAUGGGCUCUUGGCUAUUGAAUCCCGAGGGGCAAGACAAAGAACAAAUCCAAAAAGAAACGGGGACAGAAUCUGCAGAUGGAGGUGCAGGAAAUGCUACAGCCAUAGAAAAGAAAGCUAAACAAGGGCAGACCGCAAAGGAAAAUGAGAUACAGAAUGCUGUCUCUAAAAGCAAAGAAGAAAUGGAAGGAAUCAACAUGUCCAAAUCGGAAAUUUUAAGGUCUGCGGAUGAGACCAAUUUGUUGGUAGCCACGAUCAUCGCAACGGUCACCUUCACGGCAGCUUUCACCACGCCCGGUGGUUAUGAAAGCGGAGGUAUCUAUCCGGGAUUGGCAGUAUUAAGCAAACAAGCUGCUUUCAAAGCAUUUGUGAUAGCCAAUGCUUUAGCUUUUGGUUUUUCCACUGCCUCAACAUUAGUUUACAUGUUUUCGGCUCAUGUUAGAAGGGCGCUAUCAUACCCAGACGGAAUAGCAAAAACAGAACGUGCCCUUCAAUUGGCAGAAUACUCUAUUGUAGCAUUGCUGAUAGCAUUUAUAUCAGGAACGUACGCAGUGGUGCCACACUGUUUGGGGAUUGCUGAAGCCAUCAUUAUAUGUUUUUGCUACUUUACUGGCCUCCAGGUUUUCUCGCGGUAAUUAAUUGGUAGAAUGGGUGAUACUGCUACGUCGAAUUAAUGGGUGUUUAUGUUUUUAUUUUUUAAUUGCCUCUUGUGGAAUAACUUCGGUCAUGCACCUUCAUGAUUGCUAUUA